GUGACACGUGACUCUUUUCGUGGCCGGAUGUCAUUACACGUCACGGUGCCGCCUACUCAGCGGUGCUGCUGGGAAACACUGAGUGACGAGUGUAGCCAGAGAGAGAGACAGGGGGUGUGUCACGCACAGAGAGAGACAGACUACAAGGGACAUGGCAGGACAGACACCCGCUGUUGGGGACGCACGGCUGGACAAGGCUGUCACCGACUGGAUCAAAUGGGACAAGAAUCCAAAAACAUUGGCAUUAGUCAAGCAGAUGGUGGCUGAUGGGAAGAAAGAAGAACUGCAGGCAUGUUUUGGUUCCAGAAUGGAGUUUGGUACAGCAGGCCUACGGGCAGCAAUGGGCCCUGGGAUUUCUCAGAUGAAUGACCUGACCAUUAUCCAAACAACACAGGGAUUCUGUAGAUACCUCGAGAAGAAUAUCAGUGAUUUGAAAGAAAGAGGAGUAGUGAUUGGUUACGAUGCCCGUGCUCACCCUGCAAGUGGAGGCAGCAGUAAGAGGUUUGCAAGACUUGCUGCUACAACUUUUGUGAGCCAAGGGAUUAAAGUCUACAUGUUCAGUGACAUAACACCAACUCCAUUUGUGCCCUAUGCUGUUACCCACCUUAACCUGUGUGCUGGAAUCAUGGUCACUGCAUCGCACAAUCCAAAGCAGGAUAAUGGCUACAAGGUUUAUUGGGAAAAUGGAGCUCAGAUCAUUCCUCCACAUGACAGCGGGAUUGCUCAGUCCAUUGAGAAGAACCUGGAACCAUGGCCCACAGCUUGGGAUGACACUUUACUUGACGAUAGUUCCCUUCUUCAGGAUCCGUACCAGUCUAUUAAUAAAGAUUACUUCGAAGAUAUCCAAAAGCACUGUUUCCACAGAGACAUAAACAAGGCUUCCAAAGUAAAGUUUGUCCACACUUCUGUGCAUGGGGUUGGCCAUAAAUUUGUGCAAUCUGCCUUUCAAGCAUUUGGCUUCAGCCCUCCACUUCCUGUUGAAGAACAGAAGGACCCAGACCCAGAAUUUACCACCGUAAAGUAUCCCAAUCCUGAGGAAGGUAAAGGUGUCUUGAAAUUAUCUUUUGCAUUGGCUGAGGAGAAGGGCGUUAGAAUUAUUUUGGCAAAUGAUCCAGAUGCUGAUCGGUUAGCAGUAGCAGAGAAACAAGAAAGUGGCGAAUGGAAAGUUUUUUCUGGUAACGAGCUCGGGGCUCUUUUAGGCUGGUGGAUCUUCACUUGUUGGAAAGAAAAACAUCAAGAUUCUGAAGCAGUAAAAAAUGUUUAUAUGUUGGCCAGCACAGUGUCCUCCAAAAUCCUCAGAGCCAUUGCAGUAAAGGAAGGAUUCCACUUUGAGGAAACACUUACAGGGUUUAAAUGGAUGGGAAAUAGAGCAAAGCAACUGAUUGAUCAGGGAAAAACUGUGCUCUUUGCCUUUGAAGAAGCCAUAGGGUAUAUGUGUUGCCCUUUUGUUUUGGACAAGGAUGGAGUAAGUGCUGCAGUUAUUGCCGCGGAACUUGCCAGCUACUUGGCAACAAAAAAUGUCACCCUGACCCAGCAGCUGAACUUAAUAUUUAAUAAGUACGGCUACCAUAUUAGCCGGAAUUCAUACUUUAUAUGCCAUGAUCAGAAAACAAUUAAUGACCUGUUUGAACAUCUGAGAAAUUAUAAUGGAGAAAAGGCUUAUCCAAAGCUUUGUGGCAAAUUUGAGGUUUCCAGUGUGCGGGAUUUAACGACCGGAUAUGACAGUAACCAGCCUGAUAACAAAGCUAUCCUUCCAACCAGUAAGAGCAGUCAAAUGAUAACUUUUACUUUCGCUAAUGGAGGAGUUGCCACCAUGAGAACUAGUGGGACAGAACCAAAAAUUAAAUAUUAUGCCGAGUUGUGUGCUGCCCCAGGGAACAGUGACUUUGACGUGCUGAAGAAGGAGCUAGACGACCUUGCUGAUGCCAUUGAAGAACAUUUCUUUCAGCCAGAGAAAAACAAACUACAGAGAAAAACCGAGUAAACCUAAUAUGACGGGACCAAAAAGUUUACAUAUUAAGCCAAAUAGUAACCACAUUUGCUACUUUUACUUUAUCUGUACCAGCUGCAUAUUUAAGAUUAGUAAACAACACAGUUAAUGCCCGCACGGGAGUCCUCUAGUAUACAAUAGGCUGUCUAAACCAAAUCCUAAUUUGCAUAUGAAAUUAGGGUCGGGAAUGGAAAUUACAAGACCUUUUGUCACAAUACAAGGAAGUAAAAACAUUUCUUUCCACUUUUUCCUUUCCCGCCCUUAAUUUGCAUAUGCAAAUUAGGCUUUGGUUCAGUAUUCGCCAAAAUCUUUCACAGAGGAUUUGGAGAUUCGGCAGAAUCCCGAAUAGUGGAUUUGGUGCAUCACUAUUAGUAAAAACUUACAAAAUACCUAAGGGUAAGGAUACACGGGCAGAUUCAGGGAGAUUAAUCGCCCCGGCGACAAAUCACCUCUUCUUCAGGGCUACAAUCUUCCCCUGAACUGCGACUUCGGGCAACUUUGGAAAACAAAGCACCGCGAGUGCCAUCCCGCUGGUGAUUUUUCAUUAUAGCUGGCUGGAAUGUUGGGAAAGGCAGUUCGGGGAGAUUGUCACCCCAAAGAAGAGGAGAUUUGUCGCCGGGGCGACUAAUCUUCCUGAAUCUGCCCGUGUGUCCUUACCUUAAUCCUGCCAGCACAUCACCAUGUGCUGUGACAAUCUGUUUUUAGAUUUUUUUUUAAUUAACUAAAAUAUUUUGGUAUAGGGUUAUUCAGCUUGUGCUUCCAGUCUCAGUAUCUCUUCCUUUUAAUUUGUAUUUGCACAAACUUGCAGCUUCCAACACUAUUUAUUCUUCACAUUUGCCUAACUAGAGUAAUAAAUGGACCAGUUAAGUUCUAGAAUUCAUUAUGCUGAAACAAGUAAUUGUAGUAAGUACCAUGCAUUUACACAGUUCAAAUAUAGGACCAUUUCAUUAAACCUAACUACCUUCCUUUAAUAAUGGAACUUUGCUGUUUGUUUAUAAUAAAAUAUUCACUGUGCACUUUUCUCAAUCUGUAUUUAAAUUUAGAUAAUUGAAGACCCACACAAAAUCAUGCAUUGUUUUGUGGGUGGGUGGCAUACUCAUUGUAACAUUUUGUUUUUGAUUAUAUAAACAUGAUGAAAACAUUGUAUUGCGUGGGCCUUUUAUAGGGGACAGCAACAGACUGGGCUGUGGUAAUCUAAUAAUGCAGAUAUCUUAGAAACCAUUACAAUAAAAAACUUUAAUUUAAA